UAACAAGGUCAUUUCCUGACUGAAAACUAUAACAACAACAAAAAAAGUGUCUGAAUGUAGCGUAGCUGUUUGCAAUUCAGGCAAACAAUUUUGUUUGAUUUGACUGCUAUCCGAAAGAGUGCCACGCCCCUCCCUUGAUUCCCCUUGGAGUCUCUCGUUUGCAUAACCACAGUUGGUCCUGGUCACUCUAGCAGCAAUAACCGGAGUCUCUCGUUUGCAUAACCACAGCCGGACCUGGUCACUCCAGCAGCAAUAACCGGUGUCUCUCGUUUGCAUAACCACAGCCGGACCUACUCACUCCAACAGCAACAACCGGAGUCUCUCUCUGCAUUGCUUGCAACCGGACUCACUCAAUUCCAGCAGCCAUCUCCCUUAGAGCUGCGCCGCUUUGGCAAGAGGCAAACUUUGGGAAAUGGAAAAUUUUCGACAGUUUGUUGGCUUUCUAAUGGCCGCAGCUUUCCUGGGCACCCUCUCGGUUGUGUUCGUUUUGAUUUGGGUGUUCUACUGGAGAGGAGGAUUGGCGUGGGACCAAGGAUUUCUGGAAUUUAACUGGCAUCCAGUCCUCAGCACCGUUGGGUUUAUCUUCAUUAAUGGAUUCGGUCUCAUCAUUUACAGGUUGCCGUGGACGUGGAAUAUCAGUAAGCCUCUGAUGAAGUACAUUCAUGCUGGCCUGAAUUUUAUAGUCUUUGUUCUUAUGGUCAUUUCCCUCGUGGCAGUCUUUGAUUUUCAUAACGCCAAGAAGAUCCCUAACAUGUACAGUCUACACAGCUGGGUUGGAUUGGCUGCUGUUAUUAUGCAUGCUGUACAGAUAGUAAUAGGAAUAUGCAUUUUCCUGAUGCCCUUCACUCCUAUGUUCAUCAAGACUUUCUACAUGUCAAUCCACAUUUUUACUGGCCUCCUCAUCUUUGGAAUGUCAAUUACUGCAGCUGAAAUGGGAAUAACUGAAAAACUUAUUUUCUCUUUACGGUCAGGUAGUAAUAGUACACUCCCAUAUUCCCAGUCACCACCUGAGGCAAUAUUAGUCAAUACUCUCGGAAUAUUCAUUCUCCUCUUUGGAGGCUGUAUAUUGUGGAUUGCCAAACAUCCAGAGUGGAAGCGCCCUUCCGAACAUGUAAAAGAAAACAUCGGCAAUGAAGAACAAUCCAUCUUAAACAAAGCAACAGGAAUUUCUCCUGAAACCAAGAAUGAACGUGUGCAUGAAAGAGGAGAAUUGACACACCUCAAUUUGGAAGAUGUGGGUCAAAGGUCGACAUUUUAAGAAAUGAAUUGUAUUUUGCUGAGAUGCUGAAUUAGUACAGAAUACUUUGUUAAUAUUGUUUGAAUUACCUCUGAUAUCAUAUGCAUGUCUGAACUCUGCAAUGCUUUUCACUUUCUCAGUGAAAAGAAAAAGCCAUUUAAAAUUGCUAUAUUCAGCAUUAGUUAUGGUGCACAGUUUUGUUUGCUUGCUCCAUCUUCUGUAUGUUUACACAAAGUAUUGGUACAUCUCCCUUAGUAUUUCUCAUCCUUACCAUUUAGAAAGUUAAGACAAACAAAGCUAUUGCUUAAAAUCAUGGAUUUUAGCAGCACUGAUAAUUAUCCUGUAGUUUAGCAGCUCUGGCAUACAGUGGGAGCAUGGAGCUUGUUUGAGGGAAAAGGGAGGCUCUUGUGGUAGGCCAGAAAGUUGGGGUUCAAAUCCCACUUGCUCCUGAGGAGUGUCAAAACCUUCUGAACAGUGAUUAAAAGAGCUGAAGGCUUUUGUAGUGCAGGCCUGAGUCCCUACCUUUGGAGCACGUAGUGCUUGAAUCUGGGCCUUCUGGCUCAGGGAUGUCAUAACACAUUGGAAUGUGUUAAUCAAAAAUAUGUAAGUUUUGAUUAGAUCAGCAAUUUGAGACACGUCUUGUAGUAUCUAAUAUAUUAAAGUAAAUUUUACAUCCAAUGCAACACCAAAAUGAAACAAAACUGUGGAUGCUGGAGAUCUGAAACAAGAAACUUAGCGGUCUGGCAGCACCGUUGGAAAGAAAAACAGAUUUAACAUCUUGAGGAUAGUGACUCUUCAUCAGAUCAAGAAGUAGGGACACAGAUUUAAGGUGACUGAUAAAAGGUGAUAUGAAUAUUUUGCUUGGAAAUGUUUGACCCAAAAGGAUGCCAGAAGCAGAUUAAAAAGGGAUUGAAUAAAUACUUGAAGGCAAGAUUUGCAUGAGUUUGGGAUAUCACAGAUUAGAUAUCUUUACUGAAAAAAUGGUACAGUCAAAAGGGGUCAAAAUCUUCCUUCCAUGUUGUAUCAUCCUAUGAUUAUUGCAUCAUUCUAUGAU